AUGAAGCACCUAUUCGCUGUUUUUCUUGCUAUAUAUGCGUUUCGAACCUCAAGAAGCUAUAAGAUUGGAGCGGUUCUACGUGAAAAAGAGGAUGCACAUAUCGCUGCUGCAAUACAGUAUACCGUGGAAUGGUUGAACCAGAGAGGAAUUUACGGAGAAGUCGAAUAUCUAAUCGAUUAUUUAGAUGACGUUGAUCAUUACGACGCACUAAAGAAAGCAUGUUCAAUGUUCGAACGUGACCGUGUAAUUGCACUGAUUGGUGGUUCGCAUGCACUUCUUAAUGCACAAUUAGAGAGGCUCACGGAUCAGCUCGAUAUUCCGCUACUAACAGCAAUCGAUGACGUGGAGCCGAAUAAUGGAAAUACAAAGAUCGCCUUCUUUCCGCGUGCGCAACUUUUUGAAGCAACAGUUGAUCUGUUCCGGCAUUGGCGAUGGAAUCGGAUCACAAUUGUGUACGAGGAAGAUGAACGAAUCCGCCGAUUGGAGCCAUUACUGAUUAGCGAUGUGUAUUCGAAUAUUCGAUUUCAAGUGAUUAAAGUGCAACGCGGUGACUAUAUGAGAGCUGCCAGAGAGGUGAAAGAAAUGGAAGAAUGUCGAUAUCAGGCCAGUAAGGAUUGCACUGAGUUCAGCCGAGUGUUACUGGACUUGAAUCCGGAGCACACAUACAAUUUCCUCUUAGCGGCACUUCAAAUGGGUCUCAUUGACGUCAAACACUGGUUCCUGCUUACGAAUAUGGAGUUGUCUUCAAUGAACAUGGAACUGUUCCGGUUCAACCAUGCUCGCUUUGUUUCACCGUAUCCAGUCGAUCCGACAUUUUUGACGGAAAACCAUCACAUCUUCAACUUUACGCAGUUCCAACAACAUAUUCGCCAAAAAUGGAACACAAAAACGUCGUCCAGCAAGAAUUUCAAGCUGAUAGAAGCAAUCUUCACGUUUGAUGCAAUUUACACUUUUGCAAACACGUUUACGGAUGUUUCGGCAACAAUGAUGCUUGACGAUCUUCCAUUAACCACGUGUCGAAAGCCAACGAGGAAUGCUCGAAGGUAUCAACAUGGAAGAACUCUCAUCGAUAGUAUGAUGAUCAAUAAUCUUCGCGGGUUAACGGGUGACCUUCGUCGAUUGAAUGGGAAUCCAAUAAGAAGCAACUAUUCCAUGCGAAUCCAUCUGCUUGGUUACAGUGGAAAACUGGAAGAUAUUGGUUUUUGGGAACCUGCAACGGAAGUUCAUGUGAACAUGAGCGGUGACUCCAAAGAGCAAUUGAGAAAGAACGUUCAAGUGUCGGAUGAACUAAAACCACACUUCCGAGUGACGACCAUUAUGGAAAGGCCAUACGUUAUGUUGAAGAAGAAUCACUACGAACUGUAUGCGAAUUCGAAAUUCGAAGGUUUUUGUAUUGAUCUGUUAGCCGAGCUUUCAAAAGAUCUUGGCUUUACGUAUACCAUCCACGCUGUAAAAGAUGGCAAAUACGGGAACGAUGUCUACGGAAACGGUUCAUGGGAUGGAAUGAUCGGAGAAAUACUUCGCGGGGAAGCAGAGAUGGCAGUGGCACCACUGACAGUGAAUUUUCGGCGUUCUGAAGUAGUCUCGUUCACAAAACCGUUUCUUUCGCUUGGGAUAAGCAUCCUCUACAAGGUACCAGAUGACUACCAACCGGACCUGUUCUCAUUUCUCAAUCCACUUUCCUGGCAGAUUUGGAUGGCAAUACUGGCUGCUAUUGCAUGCGUAACCGUUGGCAUGUAUACGGUAUCGCGGGUAACACCCUACGAGUGGAAUUUGAAUUUCUCAUGCUGUACGGCACAUCAACCACAUCCUGGUGCUGCGUUUGUAGAUUCACCUGUGGAGUUAUCGAAUAAUUACAGUUUCUGGAACACUCUGUGGUACGUGACCAGCACAAUGCUAAAAGGCGGUUGCGACUUUGGUCCAAGGGCUGUAUCAACCAGACUUCUAGGAGGAACCUGGUGGGUUUUCACCCUCGUCAUCAUCAGCGCCUAUACAGCAAAUCUCGCUGCAGUGCUUACCGUAUCUCGCCCGUUCAUUCCAAUCAAGAAUCUCGACGAUCUGGCAAAUCAGACUACAAUUUCGUAUGGUACUAUAAAGGGCGGUAGCACUAUGCAAUUUUUCCAGGAAUCACGGAUCAGUUCACAUGUGAAGAUGUGGGAAUACAUGAAGAACCGUGAUGUAUUCGUGAAAGGUAACAGAGAAGGUGUGGAGAUGGUGCUCAGCAAAAACUACGCUUACCUGAUGGAGUCGACGUCACUCGAAUUUGAGGUGUCGCAGAACUGUAACCUGACACAAAUUGGUGGCGUGCUUGGCUCGAAAGGGUACGGUAUUGCGCUACAAAAAAAAUCUGAAUGGACUGACCGAAUUUCACGACAAAUACUUCUUUAUCAAAAACGAGGAAUUAUUGAAAUGAAGAAGACAAAAUGGUGGAGGAGCAAAGGAGCGACGUGCAGUGGAGCUGGUUCGGCUGUAAAGCAGCAACGAUUCUCGUUGAGUCUGCACAAUGUUGCUGGACUGUUCAUCAUUCUCGGUGCAGGACUCCUCUUCGGUUUUCUUACUGUAGUUGUCGAACUGUUCAUCAGAUGUCGGCAAUUGGCUAAGAAGGAGAAUAUCUCCUUCUGGGCGGAGGUUGUCAGCGAGCUACGUUUCGGUUUGAACCUUAACAAGGUUUCCGAUCAUCGUUCGCGUAAGAAGAGCAUCAAACAAAACGGGGCCGUACCACCAGAUGUUCCAUAUCAGGCGGCACAAUUGGCGCAUAAUGGAAAUUCUUCGAUCAUGAGAAGAAAAAAAUAG